UUGAUUUGAUAGCCGUGUAACUGUAACAUAGUUCACAUUGUUGGAGCUCGAUCCACGGCUGUCAGAUAUAAUAACUGCUGCACACACCAGCCGUGACAUUUCUGCUGGGACUCUUCCUCGUCAGGGUUUAGCAAACUAGAAUCGGGACUCGGCAAACAGGAUCCAGCGCUUUCUGAAGAAUAAGAGAACAUGGCCUUGUCUGGUUGGGUGUGUGUAGUAACAGGUGCCUCCAGAGGUAUUGGCAAGGGAAUAGCUCUCCAGCUGUCUGAGGCAGGAGCCACAGUCUACAUCACAGGACGACAGGAGAGCACCCUGAAAAAGACGGCUGCAGAGGUUACAGAGAGGGGUGGAAACUGUGUGCCAGUUAUCUGUGACUCUACAAAAGAUAAAGACAUUGAAAAUCUGUUUGAGCGGAUCAAAGAAGAACAGAAUGGCCGACUAGACAUCUUGGUCAACAAUGCCUACGCUGGGGUACAGGCCAUCUUUGACAGCAUGGGGAAAAAGUUCUGGGAAACCGACCCUAACAUUUGGGAUUGGAUCAACAACACAGGCCUCAGGGGACACUACGUCUUCUCAGUGUAUGCAUCCCGACUGAUGGUUGCCCAAGGUCAGGGUUUGAUAGUCACCAUUUCCUCAUUUGGGGGGCUUCGGUAUCUCUUCAAUGUGGCAUAUGGUGUUGGCAAAGCAGCUUGUGACAGGCUGGCAGCAGACAUGGCUCAUGAGCUGAGAAGUCGGGGAGUGGUUUCUGUCAGCCUGUGGCCGGGAGCGGUACAGACAGAGUUGGUGUCAGAGUUGGUAAUUGAGAAAGAAGCACCACAGGGGAUAAAUCCUAAGUUUAAAGAUGUGUUUGUCAAUGGAGAAACCACAGAAAUGAGUGGGAAGUGCAUCGUCAACCUGGCGAAAGAUAAAAACCUGAUGUCACUGACUGGGAAAGUACUCAUGACCUGUGACCUGGCAAGGCGCUAUGGACUGCGAGAUAUUGAUGGGCGGAGUGUUGCUGAUUACACUUCUGUAAAAAGCAUCCUGUCCCAGGCCCCUUAUUUCUCCUGGCUGUCAGUUGUUGUCCCUUCUUUCAUACGCGUCCCACGCUUCAUACUUUCAAUGGUUCAUAGCCGCUUCUAAACAUUUCCUGUUUCAGUGCUGCAGAGGCAGUUUCUGUGCUUCAAGUGCAUGGAUGACUACCGCAUGGCAGUAACAGACUGGCUACAGUUUUUGAGGGAGCUUGUGUAACUAACUUUUAAUAAAUGUCUUUCUUACUUAAGUACUAUAUGAAGUACUUGAUGAAGUUUUAGGGAGAAAAGUUUAUAUGAAGGACUCUCAACUAUAUUUUCUGUAUACAACUUUAUAAAUGUUAACGGUUGGUGAAGCCGCAUAAUGUGAAAUGGAAUUUAAUAUCACUACAUGGCACAUAUUAGCUUAACAUGAAGUCAAUGAAAGAUUUCAGAAACUCAUACUUUUUUACAUAUUUUUGCACAUAUUUGCAUGUAUUUGUAACAUCUCUGUAAAAGGAAAUAUACUCACAACACUACUGCUUAAUUUCAAAUGAGGUUUUGUUUGUAUUGUAUGUAUUACCCAACCUAAGUCAUCAUUUCAGUUUAAAUAAAAAACUAUUACGUUGUUCAA